AUGUCCAAGAGAAGAUACUCUGAUGCAUUUGUAAGCACCGAUCAAAGCCGAACGACUGGAGCGAUUUCAUCAACCUCGUCUGCUUUCUUGCAGCCACCGAGCGAAUCCAACUAUCAAGAUCUUACUGCUCAGAGAGAAUCACGUAAUGAUGCAUCGAUGCACCUCGCAAGAUCAGGUCAUACAUUUGGCGAUCUGUCUUUCACGGGGUCCGCUCCGAUUCACCUCGGCGACGAUGUCCAGGUCAACCUCCAUGCUAACGAUGUUCAGCAGCAAGAUCUUCGUAAAAUCCUCUACUACGAAAACAUGAACCAGCGCCGAGCGAAUCUUGAAUCUAAGACUACAGCACCCAUGGACUGGAUCUGGGCUACGGAGUUUGGUUGCUGGUUAAGGAGCGAGCAAACGCUCUUCUGGAUUAGUGGCAAACCCGGUUCUGGAAAAUCUACAUUGACCAAGUUCUUAGCGUCCUCAAGCGAGACAUUGCGUCUUCUUGAGAUGAACACUACAAAGAAGUGGCUCGUACUCGAUUUUUACUUCGACUUUCGUUCUGGGAACAGUACAGCCAAUUCUUCACUUGGCCUGUUGAGGACGCUACUCUUUCAACUCGUCGAUCAAUGCUCUGAAAUUGACGCCUUUAUCCGUCACCAGCACAACCAUGCCCUUGAAGGAGAAUGA